AUGCUAGCGAUACUAGUUGCAGUAAUAGUAGUACUUCUCUUUGGGUUUAUAUGGAAUAAAACACGCAGUAGAUUGACACACAUCCCAGGUCCUAAUGGAAUACCCAUAGCAGGAAAUGGCCUGGAAAUAACGAGCACUUUCAAAUUGGUGACCAAACUACAUGAAUGGAUGGAGAAAUAUGGCGACAUCUUUAAGAUUAAUCUUUUUGGAGAAGAGAUUGUAGUCGUGGGUGGAAUACUUAUUGGAGAAAUGUUGGUUACAAAAGGGAGUGAUUUUGCUGGUCGACCUAAAAUACCUGCAUGGGAAAAACUUGAAGGGAAUGAAGUUCACCUGGUACUAAGGGAUUAUGAUCCAAAGUUACGUUUCAUUCGUAAACUUGUGCAUAAAGGACUCCGUCAAUAUGGAGAAGGGAUGGACAAAAUUGAAGUUAUCACCGUGACAGAAAUUGCAAAAUGUUUAGACAAGAUUGAGACGCUAAAUGGAGCAGAUUUUGACCCAUUUACAUACAUUCACCAUGCUAUCAGCCAAGUCAUGAAUACCAUGGUAACAGGAGAGGCAGUGCCUGAUGGACACCCAAUGCUGAACAAAGCAAUUGAAUGGGAUAGAUUAGAUGGAGAAAUUAGUCAAGAUCCGACAUUUUUAAUGCCUGCAAUGGAAUUCUUUUUUACUUUAAUUCGCGUGGGAAAGCUAAGGUAUUAUACUGACGUCAUGGAUUUUUUCAUUGAACACUGGAGAAGUUACGAGGGGACCUAUGAUAAAGAGAACAUGAGAGGACUCUAUGAUGUCAUAUACAAGGCAUAUCUUGAAUCUGAGACUGAUGAAGAGGGAGUCAAGAUCUCAUACAACAAUGUGAAGUACCUCAUGUUUGAGCUGUACGGUGCAGGCAUCAUUACUACACACAAAACAAUCUAUGCAUUUUUUCACAUGAUGGUGACACACCCUGAGCUACAGAAGAGAAUCCAAGCUCAAAUUGAUGAUGUUAUUGGUUCCGAGCGAACCCCAACUACAGCAGACAAACAUAAGCUUCCUCUAUUAGAGGCAACGAUACACGAAACGUUGAGGUAUAUAUCUCAUGCUCCGUUCGCCCUUCCCCAUGAAACAAAAAGAGAGACAAGCCUGGGAGGAUUUACCCUACCGAACAAGACACAGGUUUGGCCAUUGAUAUCUGCCAACCACCACAAUCCUGAGUACUUCAAAGACCCGAUGAGCUUCAACCCUGACCGUUUCUUAGAGAAUGAUGGCUCACUGUCACCUGCCAAUUCAAGGAAAAUGUUAACACCAUUUGGAGCAGGGACGCGCAACUGCGUUGGGGAGGUAUUUGCCAGGACGAGGCUGUUUUUAUUCACUGCGAGCCUGUUACAACGAUUCACUCUACUUCAACCAACUGAAGGAAAGCUUAAUGUUCUUGAUCCGAAAAGUGAGGAUCAUCUAAAGAAGCUUCCGUGUAUUUGCCCAAACUAUAAAAUCAGAGCAAUUCCAAGGUGAAAGCACUCUUUAAUGGCACAAUGUAUGUGCUAUGCCAUCGGACACCACGGGAAAACAUAUGAUGCAAGUCCAACAACAUUU